AUGUGGAGGCUCGCCUUGCCGAGGUCUUCGCCAAAACUCUGGGGGCGGGUUGACAAAUCCUGCACCUCCUUAAAGGCACCCUCCCAAUUCUGUAGCUGUUCUUUGCCGAGUCUUUGGGCCGGCCGCAAGUUGAGUCGCUUUGCGGCGCAUGCGCAGAAAGGAAGGCCACAACUGGAGCAAGUCCUGCGCAUGUCCAGCAAAGCGAGUUGGAGGCGCAUGACGCGCAUGGCCACACUGCUGCACGACGCCAUGCCGCCUGUGCUUGCUGCAGGUGGUUCGCACACAUGUGCCGUCAGGGCAGAUGGCACGCUCGCCUACUUUGGCAAGGACGCUGAUAGUGUCGCUCAAGUCUUCAACGGUUUUGGACCAAUUCAGGCAGUUUCUGCCGGUGGCUCCCAGACAUGUGCCAUAGACGCCGACGGCCAGUUGCGUUGCGUUGUGAGCAAAUGUGGUGAUGCUGUUCCUGCAGAUUUGGGACCAGUUUUGGCAGUGUCCGCGGGCGACGAUCACAUUUGCGCUGUGAAGAAGGAUGGCCGGGUGACCUGUUGGGGAUGGGAUGCUUAUUGUCAAUGUAGCGUACCUCCGGAGCUCGAGCCCUUUCCGCAAGUCGCCGCUGGUGGUGAUCACACCUGCGCAGUGGGAGCAAAUGGUCAGCUGUUCUGUUUCGGGUCCAACUUUGAAGGUCAGAGCGUGGUGCCACCCAACUUGGGCCCGGUUUGCGCAGUUUCGGCUGGCAGCGCUCACACCUGCGCAGUGAAGUUAUCUGGCGAACUGGUCUGCUUCGGUGGAGAUUUCUGUGACGAGUGUCCCUGUCCCGUGCCACUGGACUUGGGACCCGUCUUGGGAGUCUCCUGUGGCGGACUCCAUACUUGUGCCGUGCGACUGGAUGGUCGGCUCGUGUGCUUCGGGAACAAUGAGAGUGGCCAAUGCGACGUGCCCGAGGACUUGGGACCAGUCCUGGCAGUUUCUGCAGGAUGGCAUCACACCUGUGCCAUAAGGGCCGACGGUUUCUUGGUUUGUUUCGGGUCCAACGACCACGGACAAUGUGAUGCCACGCCCGACUUUGACCUUGGGGGUUAUGGACACAUGGGGCCUGGGAGGUACAUGAGCCUCAUCUGUUAG